CACAGACACAUACGCAUGCAUCUCCCUCUCUUGCCAGGCCUCUUGCGCUGCUCUCCCUCGUUUAGGGAAUGCAGCUCUGACACUGGUGUCGGGGGACGAGUGACGCGGAGCUGCUGCCGCUCGGUCCGGGAGAGAAACGGCAGCAAGGGAAAUAAUGUGGCGCACAACGAGGGGCCAGGGAGCGAGCGUGCUGGGGACUCGGUGAGAGGGCUUGGAAACCCAGUCCUGAUAGAGGAACAGCACCGCCAGAGCGAGCGAACGAGCACGUACCAGGCUGAGAAACUGGAGGAGCAGGAGGUCAGAGGAAGAUGCUGACCCCAUGUAGACUGCUCCUCUGCCAGCUGGCCAUCAACAUUUCCUACCAUGUCGUGUCAGCUAGCCUAUGCCUUGGUGGGUCAGACAUCUUUGCAAAAGUCAGAGAGAACAGCCCCACUGGAGAGUUCAUUGCAAACCUCAGCAUUAUUGGCGACCCAGGAGCCAAUAGCAUCCGCUUGUGCCUCACAGGAGAUAACGCUGAUUGGUUCUUCCUUGAGGGGCGGACCAUCAGGCUAAACUCCUCCUUCUCAAGGAACCUGGAUCGAGAGGUUCAGGGAUCCAUUCUGAUGGCAGCAUUAACUUGUUAUGAAGAAGACAUUAAACAGAGUGAGUACAGCAUCAUGGUAGAGAUCAUGAAUGAAAAUGACAACAGACCACGCUUCUUGCAGAGGACUGUACAACCAUUCUUCAUCAGUGAGCUUGCUACCGUGAACUCUGUGGUCUUCACAGUGAAGGCAGUUGAUGCUGAUGGAGACACCCUCACUUAUCUCAUUGACUACUCAUCGCCUGAUGCAAGCUACUUCAGGAUAGAUCUACCAAACAUUGGAAAAGUAUUCCUGGACAAGCCUUUGGACUAUGAGACCCAAACCCAACUGCAGCUGGUUAUCUACGCUGUGGAAUCCAACACCAGGGAAAAGUACAACGCCACGGCCAACCUGAUUAUCAACCUGAAGGAUGGAGAUGACCAGUACCCCCAGUUCCUCCCCUGCACCCUCAUCUCCCAGGCCAGCAGCCCUGAGGUCUGCACCAACCCCAUCUACACCAGCAACAUCACAGAGAAAGACCAGGACAAUGUACUCAAAUUUUCUCCUGGUCCAAUUCAUGCGGAGGAUGGUGACAAAAGUCUUGAUACCCCUCUGCUGUACACUCUUCUAGCAGGUGACGAUGAUGGCAGGUUUGUGAUCGCCAACCUGACUGGAGAGAUCACGUUAACGAGACGUGUGGAAAACAGACAGCUGACGCCAACCUUCAGAAUGCGUCUCAUGGCAUCUCAGCUCAACGAUCCCAAAAAAUACAGCGUGACGACAGCCUUGAUCCGAGUGUUGGCAGAGAACCAUUUCCCACCCGUCUUUAACAAAACCAUCUACAAGGGCUUCAUCAUCGAGAGCUCCAGCCCUGCCACACUGGUCUCCACCUAUGGGAACAGAGUGCUGCUCAUCAACGCCAUAGACCGGGACUUUAGAGAUGGGGUGAAUCCAAAGAUACACUACUCCCUCCAACCUCAUUCUGCCAGCGAUGGGCUGUACCACAUGACCCAGGAGGGGGUUCUUAUUGCCAGGACAGACCGCCUGCGAGCCUUUGACAGGGAUAUCCUGGAGAUAGUAGCUACGGAUGAAGAAUCAGGUGAAGUUGCUAAGGCCUCUGUGGACAUUGAGGUAUUACAGAGAGGGCAGCCAGUGCCCCGGAGCCCGUUUGGAGAGGAGCGCUUGUUUGCGGACAUGGACGCAGGGAUGGCUGGAGGAAUAGCAGGAGUGAUAUUACUGGUGUUAGUGGCAGCCCUGGUUCUGCUGCUCCGAUUGGUCAGGAGGAGGAGACACAGACAGGACCCAUCCGACAGGGGCGCUGUAGCCCUGGGGAAGCACCCAAAUGUGACCCUAUGCUGGUUCCAGAUGGUUAACUCAGCCUGCCCUGUCCCCUUGGUUGAGGAAGUGUCCUACCACAACGAAGCGUUCAGAGGGGACCACGAGCCCUGUACGCCAGGACGGUACACCAGGAGGGAGGAUAUGGCCGCACCCCCCCGACGCUCCACCAACCAGGAGCAAGAGAGCUCCAAAGGAGGCUCCAGGCUUGUCAGCAACACCCUGCCCCUCCUGGUGAUCCCAGAGCCAAUGCCCAGACAGUCCCCAACACCCAUCACCUCUAACGGCGGGAGGACACCAGGGAAUAUCAUCACAACGGGGGUGGCAAAGAAAGACGAGAAUCUGGAAGAGGAGAGACAGAAAGAAAAUGGGAAGGAGCUCACUGCCUCAAAGGAGAAUGGAGAAUUUUCUGCAGGACUAACCAAGGACGAGGCUGUGGCUGUUUUGGAAUUGGAAAGAAAUGAUGCUAGAGAGACAUCGAAGACAGUGGAGCAUCAGAGCAAUACCAUGAUCACAAACCAAAUCACAAAACCCAAAGAAAAAGCGAUAAACAAGCAAGAAAUAACUGCUAUUGUGGAGCAUGAGGCAGAGGACCCAGUUAACUGUGUCUCUGACCAUGAUGACAAACCCCCCGGGGGCCAAGGCCAUGAAAGGUCUGGUUCCCACGGUAACAUAACCGCCCAGAACAGGGAAAUGAUAGUUUCCCAGAACAAGGACUCAGAGAAACUUACAGUAGACCAGCCAUCCAAACCAAACAGCGCACACACCCAACAAGACCCCUUACAAACUAUUCAAUUUAUGGAUGAUUCGGAAUAACUCUGGACGUUAUUUUUAAGCAAAACUGCCACACAUUGAUGGCAAAAGAAGGGUGUUUACAGUCAAGAAGGUUUAUAAAUGUCAGUUUUCCUAAUUUUGAAGUGCUGGCUGGGUGAAACAAACUAAUUAGACUUGACCUUUUUUAUACAAAAGCCAACACAGUUCAGACAGAGCAGAAAACUGCCUCCACCCCUCUUUCACCCUCAACCUCACUCUCCACCAUUGGGAGUUUUCCUCAUUUUGAAGUGCUGGCUAGGAGAAACAGAAAUGUGUUUGUGGCCUUACUGCCAACAAAGCCACUGUAUCUGUAUUUCCUUUAUAACACAGAAAGACACAGUCCAAAGAACUUCUUGGCAGUAAAUUGCAGUCUUGUAGCACACAAAUAUGACCAUGCAGGGCAAAUUUCAAACAUCAGUGUUAGCCAUAGUCAUCUGAUAUAUUCUAACAAUUUAAGGGACUGUGGUUUUGUCUUAA